AUGUCGGCGAAAGGACAAAUGAAAAAAAUAACCGGAGUAUAUCGUACAGUAUUUGAGAGAUUGUAUCCUUGUCAGUCGACAAAUUCAUUACAAAUUAAUCUAUAUUUCAGUAAAAGAACAUCAAAUAUAACUGAGGUGAAAGGAAAUUUUACAUUAUUAGAACCUUUUUCCGAUAAUCUUACACUUGAUGUGAACGGUGCAUCUUGGAGUUUAACUGGUGGUUGGAAACCAAAUUCAUUUGUUUAUGUAUCAAAAAAUGCAUGUAGUAGUUUGAAAAUGGUACUUGGAAACGUGUGGUAUUCAAUUAUGAAUGAUUUUAACUUUCCUAGUACAAGCUGUCCAGUUCCAUCGGGUACCUAUAUUACAUCAGGGAUGAAUUUGAAGGAUGUUGAACACCAUAACUUUCCAAAGGUGUACUUUUAUGGGAAAUAUAGAUUUACGUUUAAAGCAAAAAACGAAAAAAAUAAAGUGUUUGGUUGCUUUGUAUUGGAAUUGAGUCUUAUAAGACCGUGGGAAACACCAAUUUGA